UCAGCUAGAGUAGUAAAAAUAUACACAAAAAUUGAAACGCAAUAUUCUCGAUUCUCACUGUAGUUCGUAUUUUUACUAUAGGUCAUAGGACAUCUUCCGAUUUCCGAAUAGUGCGGUUGCGCUUAUCUUUUAUUAUUAUUUUGAAUUUUCUUUAUGGAUAAAAUAAAUCAUCGCCCAACGCCCGGUAAUCAUCUGUCUUAUCUCUGCUUUAAGUGUAUAAAUACUGAAGUAUCUGAAGAUGCUUGCUAGUACACGUGGUUAGAACAUUCACCUUGUCAAACAUUAUUAGUCAAUAUACAUGGAUGAUGAAACACUACAUAAUUAUUAAACAACAUUAAAACUCCACAUCGAAAAGAAAACGGAAUUCCAUGUUUUUAAAUCAGAAUUGUGCAUGUUUUGAAAACGAUAUUAUUGUAUAAAAUGGAGAAAUGGUUGUUUCAGUCAAUAUGGAUUGCCAUGUUUGGAUUCUUCAAAGAGUUUCGCCCCGAAGAUCCGUAUAUUACUCAAUACCUGACCAAUCCUCCUAUGAAUUUUACAACGGAAGAAAUCGUGCAAGAAAUAUAUCCAGUAGCCACCUACACGUGCGUUAUGUUGACAGUCAUAGUGUUUUUGAUUACCGAUUAUCUUCGUUAUAAACCAAUUGUGAUACUCAACGCUGUAUCUAGCGUAAUGGCUCAAUUAUUAUUGAUUUUUACCAGAACCAUUACGUCGAUGAAGGUAAUGGAAGUUUUUUAUGGAACUAUGACCGCUUGCGAAGUUGCCUAUUAUACUUACAUUUAUUCUAAAGUAGAAAAAAAACAUUACAAAAUUGUAUCUAGUCACAUGAAAAUGGCUUGUUUAAUAGGCCGACUUGUGUCUGCUCUAAUUGCUCAAGUAUUAAUUGAUUAUAGUAUAUUAACAGUGCCACAAUUAAACUAUAUGACACUAGGUGGUGGACUUUGUUCUUUACUAUGGGCUUUUGGAUUGCCAUCCGUCAAAAGUAGUUUAUAUUUCCAUCAAAAUCCAGAACGUACUUACAUAGGUGAAACGUCGAGAGUCAAUGUAUUCGACACUCGUACGGUCUGUCAACGGUUGUGGUUUGAUUUUUACACCGCUUACUCCAACCCUUAUGUUCUUCAAUGGUGUAUAUGGUGGUCGUUGGGCACGUGUUUUUAUAGUCAGUUUAUGUGCUACAUUCAAACCUUAUGGCAACAAAUAUAUGAUGAUGGUACAGAUUUACAAAUAACUGAUAACGGCUACGUGGAAGCCGUGUACACAAUUAUAAGUACUCUCGGGGUCUAUUUAGUCGGUAUAAUAGCUGUACCAGGCUGGUGGCUUAUAGGAGUUCUUACGUUUAGUCAAGCAAUUUUACUAUUUAAAAUGGCUCAAGACCAUUUAUUGUCACAUGCUUAUGUUGGCUAUAUUAUUUUUGGAACGUUUUACCACGUAAUGUCAACUGUAGCAAAUUGUGAAGUAGCCAAAAACAUACCAGAAGAUAGUUACGCACUGGUGUUUGGAGUUAAUAUGUUUGUUUCUCUGAUCCUUCAGACUUUCAUGACUAUAAUUAUAAACAGUCCUAUUGGACUUGAACUAACCAUUAGGACACAAUUUUAUGUGUAUUCCGGUUGUUGUCUUAUCAUUGGAGUAUUGUACUUGAUAAAAGCUACAGUCACGACUUAUAAAAGCCAAAUGAAAACGACCAUUACAGUUUCUACCAAUCAUUGAAUUAUUAAUAAUAAUAGUAAUAUUGCAUACCCAAAUGUGUUGACUCUUAUGUGACUUGUGUUAAACAUAAUAAAACAUAUUUUUAUACAAAC